AUGGCCUCUCUGAGGACCAGGACAUCUGACAACGAGAGCGCCUUUUCUGCCAGGGCAGGCCACGGAGGAGAUUUUGGGUUGACCGAGGAACUUCACCAUCGACUUUCUUGUCUACCGCCUGCAGACACCGGAAAACAUGCCUACCUGUUCCUGUUGGCAUGCUUUGUGCUCUCGGCGCUGGUCUGGAGCUAUGGCUUCUGCUUCGGUAUCCUGAGCGACUACUAUGCACGGACUGAGCCCUUUAAGGGGUCAUCGGCCAUCGCCAACAUCGGCACCUGCUGCUCAGGACUCAUGUACCUGGGUGGCCUUCCGGCUCUGCUCCUGAACCGCAUGUAUCCGCGGUGGGCCAGGUACUCACCCUUGAUCGGCCUGCUCAUCCUCUGCGGCGGCCUCUGUGUGAGCGCCUGGGCGACCAACGUCACACAGCUCAUCAUCACCCAGGGCGUCGUCUAUGGCGUUGGCGGCGCCAUCGCGUACACACCGUGCACCAUGUACAUUGACGAAUGGUUCGUCAAGCGCAAGGGCCUGGCGUACGGCAUCAUGUGGUCCGGGACGAGUCUGGCCGGCGUGGUGCUCCCGCUCAUCCUCGAGCGCCUGCUCGAGUCGUACGGCUACCAGACGACCAUCAUCAUCUGGGCAGUGGUGCUUUUCGGCAUCACCGCGCCCCUGGCAUGGUACAUCAAACCACGCAUUCCGCCGCUGCCCGUGCGCUCGCUGCGCUCCUUCAACCUGCGCUUCUCCGUCUCGCGUCGCUUCAUCCUAUACCAGGUUUCCAACACCAUCGAGGCCAUCGGGUUUUACAUCCCGGGCAUCUACGUGCCUAUCUUUGCCGGCGACGUUCUUGGCGCCUCCGAGUUUGCCUCCUCCGUCUGCAUCCUCAUCUUCAACACGUCCGCCGUGGUCGGCUGCGUCGCCAUAGGGUGGCUGAUCGACCGCUUCCACGUCACGACGUGCGUCAUGGUCUCGACCAUUGGGGCCACCCUGGGCACCUUUCUCCUGUGGGGGUGCGCCCAGAACAUGGUCAUGGUCUACCUCUACUGCGUGAGCUACGGCCUGUCCGCGGGCAGCUACAGCACCACUUGGACGGGUGUCAUGCGUGAGGUGAGCGGCAAGGACAUGCUGUCCGCCCCGAGCACGAGCUCCAGCGACCCUGAGAGCCCCAUCUCGCCCAUCGGGGCCGACGUGGGGGCAGAGGGCUACGGCGAGGGCGUAGACCCCGUUAUGGUCUUCGUCCUGCUCGCUGCUGGGAGGGGCAUCGGCAACGUGGUCUCGGGCCCCAUGAGCCAGGCCAUGUACCACGCCAUGCCGUGGAAGGGGGAGGCCAGCCUGGCGUACGGGAGCGGAUUCGGCAGCCUGAUCGUCUUUACGGGCAUCACUGCGCUGGGAUCUGGAAUAUGCUUCCUGGGCAGGCGGGUUGGGUGGUGUUAG